CAUUGACAGAAAGCAUAUGUUUGUUGAUAGUUGGUUUUAAUUUAAAACUCCAUAAAAAGGCGAAACUUAUGCCUUACAUCAUUGGUUUCCAUUAAGUAUUAUUUAGUAAAUGUAUCUUCCUCUUCACAAUGUGUCUAGAAAAAAGUAUUUCUUCAGGGUCCCUGUUACAAAAUUAUGUUUUUUCACAGUAUCACUGCCACUACUUGCCUUCGUUAUCUGUGUCUUGAUGACUAUGUACAAAGAUUUCGAAAAUGCUAAUAAUACGCAUUGUAAAGUGCCCAAUGUCUUCCCAUCGAUAUCAGCAUCUAUCGGUAAUUAUGAGCCACAGAGAACCAUAUGGAGAACUGCAAUUAAUGUUCAUGCUCCUUUAAGAUUUUUUAUUGUGUAUUUACGAGGACAGUAUUAUAAAAAUGUCGUUAGGGAGAAUUGUUUUAUUGUAGCUAAGUUAGCAUUAUUUCUUAAUAUAAUGGAGAAUAUAGCUUUGAUAGGUCUCACACAUUGGACAUCUUCCCUUCAUUACCCAUUUCAUGAAACAUGUUUCAAAACAUUUAUUGGUACUUCCAUAUUCUACAUGUUCUUCACAUGUAUGAUGCUUACAAAAUAUAGAAGACGGCCAACAGUGUCAAACAAGGAGAUGUAUUCAGUCAAAUUAAAAUGGAGAGCAUUCUUUGUAAAUGUGGGAUCAUUUGCAUUUGCAGCCUACUUCUUCCUGAGACAUAAUAAACUAUGUGAGCCUUAUGUGUACUCCAUGUUUGGAUUUGCAGAGUAUAUAGUGGUUAUCAGCAAUAUUAUAUUCCACUUAACUACUGUGUAUGACCUACAGAUCAGUUAUAUAUAUUUUACAAAAAGUGGCUUAGUUAUAGAAUGAGUGAAUAAAGAUUAUCACAUAUUUUUUAUAAAAAAAAAAAUACAACUAAGUUGAACUUUCAAUCACAUAAGUUUGAACAAAAUGUAUAAUGUACCAAAGCUUUAAAUCAUGCUCACUAUGGUUUGUUUAAAUAUGGAAAGUUUUCUUAAAUGGCAAUGUUACUUGUUUGGAUAUAGGUAUAAAAAAUAAAAUCUUAAUAUAA